UGUUGUCCCUACUAGUAUGUUAUUUUAUAAAUCUACCAUAGGGUGUACGCAGAUACAACAGCGUCAUUAUUUAAAGUUAUAAUAUGAGAGGAUACCACAAAUGUGUUUUAAUAUGUAUUAGCAACGGCAAAUGCAACGUUUAUGGAUGUCUUUAUGCUUUAGUUAUAGCCCUGUGAUGUUCCUGUCACAAACUAGGGGACGAGUAACAGGUUGGAAGUGUUACAAUACACAUGGAGCGUGUGUUGAGUUUAGGUUUGGGGCCACUAGCAGUCGGGACGGUCGGGUUGCUGAUUUUGCUAAAAGUGAUCCAGAGACUAAGAGACAAACAAAAUGUUCAGGAUAAAGUGGUGGUGAUCACUGGUGCCAGUUCAGGCCUGGGCAAAGAGUGUGCACGGCUGUUUCAUGCUGCAGGUGCCCGGCUGAUCCUAUGUGGACGGGACCAGAAGAGACUGCAGCAGGUUGUUGAGGAGCUGACAGCAAUUCCCAGUGGAAAAACACAGACUUAUGCUCCAUGCACUGUCACCUUUGACCUCUCCGACACGGCUUUGGUUGCCAAGGCCGCUGAAGAGAUUUUGAAGUGCCAUGGUCAUGUGGACGUCCUAAUCAACAACGCAGGCAUUAGUUACCGUGGCAACAUCUUGGACACCCACGUCUCUGUUCAGCGAGAUGUCAUGGAGACUAACUACUUCGGCCCUGUUGCUCUUACUCAAGCUAUUCUGCCCUCUAUGGUUGAUAGACGCAGUGGACAUAUUGUAGUCAUCAGCAGUGUGCAGGGAAAGAUCUCCAUACCGUACAGAUCUGCAUAUGCAGCAUCUAAACAUGCAACGCAGGCCUAUUUUGACUGUUUGAGGGCUGAGGUUGACAGGUUUGGCCUGCAGGUAUCUGUUAUCAGCCCUGGUUACAUCAGAACAAACCUGUCCAUCAAUGCAGUCACAGGGGACGGUUCCAAAUAUGGAGUAAUGGACAAAACCACAGCACACGGGCGGGAUCCAGUGGACAUUGCUCAUGCUGUUCUAAAGGCUGUCCGUCACAAACAGAAAGACGUUGUAUUGGCUGGGCCAUUGCCUACUGUGGCCAUCUAUCUUCGUACACUUUGCCCUGCUCUCUUCUUUAAAGUGAUGGCGUCACGGGCUAUAAAAGAACAAAAACUAAAAGAGGAAUAAGUAAACACGCUACUGGUGAAAUGAGGAUCCCAAGUCAUAUUUGCAUUUGUCCUCUUAAAGUUUUAGAGCUAAAAAUCUUUGUAUUUCACUUCACAGUCCAGUUCUUUCAAUGCCCAGAUCUGCCAUUGCUUGAGAUUAUGUUUUAAAUAUUUAUUUCUCUGCAAAUAGUGAUUGGAAAUGGUUAAAAAACAUGUAAGCAAAUCUAUACAAGUAGUUGAUCCUGGCAAGUUUUUGUCACACAUGAUUGUUGGCAGUAAGUCACAUUUCUCUUCGUAGUUCCUCAAAAGCUUUUUUUCAAUCUUUUAAAAAUGAAUGUAAUGCAUAUUUUUUAGUCAGAAACAACAUUUCAGAACAUGAUGUUUUUCACAAUAUUUUUAAAAUCCCAUUUAAAAUAUUAUGUCAGGUGGUACAAUCAAUCAUUGUUAAUGUUUUAUUGCUUCCUGUGUCGUGGUGAUUGUUUGUUUAUUUGAUAGUGGCAUUUAAAAUUAUAAUCCUGAAAAAAAUGUGUAAAACAACUUUACCAUAAAACUAACAUUUGAGAACUACACAUUUAAGAACAGUAAUUUAAAAGUUUAAUGACACCAGUGUACCAGAAUACCCAUAAAAUUAAACUAGCUAUUUUUCAUUCAGCUAUAAAGACCACCUGGGGUUCAUUGGGUGAUGAAAUAACAUUUUUACUCUUUAUACUUUUUAAUAAGAGGUAAUUGCAAUUAUAUUACCUGGACAUUUGAAAACAUCCAAAAUGUUGGACAAACAUUUUUCAAUUAUCCUAACAUCCCUACAACUACUAAUAUUCAUGAAGUUGGUUUAUAAUAAAGGUGUGGAACAUGAACUAUU